CCAUGUUUUGUUCUAUUUCCCUUAGAAGUUUAGAGCUGAUAUUCAAAGUGGUAAUGACGAUAAAACAUGUUUUUGUAACUACUUCCGGUUGUUAUCAAUUUGCUGUGUAAACAAUAUGGCGGAGCUCGGCUGUCAAAAUUAGAAGAGUGAACAACAUUUAAUGUAUAUGAAUUCUGUAAGGGAAAUCCACGAAGGAUAUGACAUACGCAUGGAAUGGAUAAAAACUUUAAUGCCAAACAAAUUGUAAAAAAGUCACAAAUGGCAGCAGAAAAGUUGAAAAAAUCGGCGUCUAAAAGGAAGAAAAAGACUAAAAAGCAGUGUGUCAAGAGUGAUCAAAGCCCUGAUUCUUUAGAAAUAGAAGGAAUAGGAAACUUUGAUCAAGGAGGAGCAGACUCUGACUCCUCAGUUCCUCAGCCAGCAGGCACUGCCUCUCCAAGUCCCUCUUGCAAAUCAGCCCCUGCCGGUGACUCAAACCCCCCUGCCACCACCCAGCUGCGAACGAUCAUUCAGAAUGAUUGCACCAAGGUGUCAAAGAUUUCAAAACCACGCUCAGCCCCUAAGCUGCCUUCGGGGACUAUUUCUGAGCCUGUAGUGUUAAAACAUACUCAAUCUGCAAGUAUUCUUGGCUAUAAAGACAUUAGUUUACCUGAUAGAAAGAUUUGUUCUGUGUCAUUCUCAGACUUAAAUGAAGUUCAGUCCAUAUCUCAAAGUCUUUCAACAAUGUCUGUGAAAUCGAAAAAUGGCUCAAAGAGUAAAGCGAAAAGCUCCAAGACUAGUGCAACAAACGGUGCUUCGCUAAAAAAGGAUAGAACAACAAGAGUAGAACCAUCAAAGAGUUCAAUUAAUAAAGCUGCAGAGGAAGCUGCUAGGUUAAGAAGUGAGGAGAGUCUUAGAUGGGAGUUUGCUUUAGAAGAUGAUGAGGCAGAAAGGGAGAGAAUAAAAAUAUAUAAAAUGAACCGCAGAAAGCGGUAUCUGGCAGCGGCCCAGGAGAAAGGACUUGGUUGGGUUGUCAACUAUGGGAACAAUGGUUCGCCCAUUGCUGAGGACUCACCUACAGAAUUAAGGGACAGAGACCCAGUCAGGGCCUCUGUUACUGACUUUAGCCCUGUGAGAAGCCUAAUUGCUAGUCAGAGCAAUACUCCGUUAGGUUUAGGAGGUGAAGUGGCAUGUUAGGUAAACAGUGUUCCAACACUGAAAGUGCUAUGUAAUAUAUGACGGAUGCAAAUGAGCUUACCAAGGUCUUGUCAGUGUGUCCCCCGCUCUACAGUGCUCAGAGUCUAAUGUAAACUUGGAAGCCAAGGCACUUGUAUGGUUGUUGUAAAUUAUUAUGCUGAAAAGAAUACUACUGGAAUUAAGUGCUGUUCAUGUGGAUGACAGUUUGAUGCACUUAUUUAAAUUUUAUACAUAGAUUCUCAAAAUGUUUGUCAAAAUCCAUAAUAACUUUUGGUUCCUCUGUAAAGAGGAAGCUCAGACAGCUGCACAAGAUCUGCGAGAAGAUAAAAUGGAUCACUGCCUUCAAAGAACAAGUUUAAAAAAAAAUUAUUAGCAGUGUCUAAGUCACUUUAAGUUCUGUAAAACUAAACUCUUAAUUCACAAUAAAUUAGUUUAGGAAUUGUUAGGGUAUUAAUGAAUGGUGCUUUUAAUUUAUUUAGUGAAUAGAUCUUUUAACAAAUUUUAAUAAGCAUUAUUCUUAGUUUGUGUUUUAUUAUUUUCUUCACAAGCGUGUCCAAUUUUUUUUUUGGCACAUUCAUUAUAAACCAUUAUUUAAUUGCAUCUUUGAUGCUAAUAUAUUUCCAUUCAAUUUACUGCCAUACAUUACAAUGAAGUACAUAUAAUUAAUAACAUAGAUUUUAAUUUAUAUUCAAACUGUUUGGAAAUGGUUUUAGCAGUGAAUUUUUAGUUUUAUGUCUAUAGCAAGCUUGUAUAUUGUCUAUAAAACUGUGAAUGUGAAACUUUAGCUGUUACUCUUUCUGAUGUCAUUUUAUUGUGACUAUGCAUUAACUUUCAAUAAGUUUUUUCGGCUGAAAAUCGGGGGGGGGGGCUGAAUUUUGCCCCAACCCCCCUCCCCGCCCACUUUUUUCAACAUUUAAAAGUUAAACUAGUACAAAUGAAGUCUUUUCCCCUGAUUUUUUUUUAAUCCAAGUUAUUAUAGGGGCUGUGCUUUGUCUUUUUGUUUAAAAUAUGCUAUGAUAAAUCUGCAAUUUUUAGCAAUUUGUCACUAAUUCCGCAAUUCUUAGGGCCCUUGCUUCAUUCACAGAAAGGUUAAAAACACUGACAUUAAAGGUGCUCUUGCAUAGCUUUGCACUGAAAUACAGUCAUUAUCUUUUAAAUCCACUUAAAAACAUUUAUAUUAAAACAACUAUACCAAUAUUUAAGCUGAUCUAAUCAGCAACAAAUGAGGAACCUGUUUAAAAUAUAUGGCACAAGCACCAGAAUUGUUGUCACGUGACAUUUUUGAUAUUAAAGAUGUAUUAUCACUUGCAUGGAUGGUCUUCUAUUUUAAUUCCAAAUGCCUUACUUAUUCAAAGAGAUUUGAACAUUUAGCCUGCAUGUUGCAAGCUUUCAUUUUCUUAACUUACAAGUCUCAAUAUGUUGGAAAUAGCUGAUUGAGCUUAAAUGUUUCUUGUUAACAUAUAACCCACUUUAAAUAGAAUUUCUUGUAUCUUGUACAUAACAACCUGAAAAAGGACAUUCACAUUUUAUUGGGUCAGACAUCAAACAAAUUAAUUUUAUGUUAAAUGUGAAUAAAAUGCUUGUUUGAAUGAUAAAACACCAUUAAAAAUUCAAAUUAGAUCUCUAUUGUUAUUAUUUUUUGAAAAAGAUGACAAGGUAAUUAUGCUUUAUUUAGUCGAGAAGCACUGAUUUAAGGCUUGAACUGUUUUAAAUUUGGUUUCUGCCAGAUACUGUUUGAUUUUUGUCCAGUUAGUAAAAUAAGUACAUACGUAAUAUAGCUAAUUAAAAAAAAAUCUAUGAGUCCCUUUAAAAGUAACUAAUUAUGCCUUGGCCUCAUAUAACUCUGAGAGAGUCUAUAGAUAGAGUAUAGACUUUUUUAAUUCUUCUAUUAAAGGUUUAGUUCCUAUUCACAAUUAAUUAUACAAUUAUGCUGAUUUUAUUCAUGGUAUUUUAAAUAGACAUCUUCGGUUUUAGGGUUAUAGCAGAUAUAUAUAAAUUAAUUGAUAUUGAACACUUUGAAUGUCUGCCAUUAUGCAAAUUUUAUAAUGGUUUUAUAAUGAUUCUAAAGAUUUUCUUAAUAUGGCUUUCUUUCACUGAUUAAAAGGAACCCUAAUAGAAGCGUUAUCUAUUUUUGAAAUGAAUGUAAGAAUAAAAGACUGUUGGGGUAAUACAUCAAAGAGUGUAUUUAUUUGAGAUUAGCACUUGCUUGCCUAAGAAAGAGAGAUAUACAUGUACAUUUUUAAUGCUUGUUAAAUGUUACAUUUAGUCUUGAUUCAACCUUUUUCAAUAAUUAACUUGAUUUCUGCCUCAGAAGAUAUUGUAAUUCAAAUAUUGCCUAAGAAAUAUAGUUAUUCCAGUUUAUUUUUGUCAAAAUGUUUUUCUCAUAGUUAUUGAAGUGUAAGUAUUUUAAAAUUGAAGUGCAAGUAUUUUAAAAAUAUUCCAUUAAAACCAAUUAACUUAACCAAUUUUACACUCUGUGAUAUUUAAUACAACCAUGACUGUUUUCCUUUCAUUAGGAAUGACCUCAAAAUCUACCCUUUUUAAGUCUUAUUUGGCCUGCCCUACUAAACUUAAGACAUAAUAGGUCUUAUGCAUAGUCAGUGCAAUGUUUUUAUUCAUACUUUAGAAACCAUUGUAAUUUCUUUGACCUUAGCGUUGCCCAAUAAAAUUUCAGACCCAGACACAUAAUAGUUCACACAUGCAGUGUGGAAUUAAAUAAAAUAGUCCUUUGUCUAAAUCUACUUAAUUUUAAUAGCAGGAUUAAUGUCAAGCAUGCAUGCAUAAUUCCACGUAUUGAAGUAUGUAUUUUAUCAAUUCAAGUUUUUCUUUUGGCAAUGAAAGUAAAUAGAAACAUUUAUGUUUAUGUUUAUAACUACUUCUGUUGAGGGGUUUAAAUAUUAUUAAUUAAAUGCAGACCAAUGUUUGAAGUCUUUUCCUGUCUUUGUUAGCCUUCAAGAGAGGAGUUGACAGGGUGAAUAUGAAGUCCAUGUUUAAAUAAAUAAAGCUACAAACUUAGUUAAUUUUAAUCAAUUUUGAUCAAUGCUUUGUCUUGUCAUUCGACUAUUGUAUCACUAAUCAUACUAUCUGUUUACGGUAACUAUUAGUUUAGAAGCUUUGAAUAAUUCAAAUGUGCACUUUAUAUCUACGUAUGUCUAUAUUUAUAUUUAUAUAGAAAAAUGCACCUUGUUUACUUGUAUAGUUGUUAAGUAUUUACCUUCUUACCUUGAAAAGGUAUUUUCUAUGUAUCCAAUAUGUUUUGUUUUUCCGUCUCUGCCAGUAAAUAUACCUCAUUAUUGUUGUUUAUUUUGUUAGAUUUUUCUAUUAACUCUUCUUUGUUAAGCAUGUGCUGACUUCAUAAUGGUUAAACGCACUGACAGUAUUUAAAAUGAAUUCAAAAUUCACAACAAUUCAUUUAACAAAUACUCCUGCACCAGAACUAUACAUCAUUUAUCAAUAUUAUAAUACUAAAUUUAUUUUGUUGUAUUAAAGCUGCACUCUCACAGAUAUACCCUUUGUACAACUUUUUUAUUUAUUGUCUUGGAAAGAGCGUAAAAUCUGCAUACCAAUGAUAAAAGAUUGCUGACAAAAGGUCAGAUCGCAGAUUUUCAUAUUUCCGUUCGAAAAUUAAUGUUUUAUGGCUUAAACAGUUACAAACGGUUUAAGAUAAAUCCAUAACACAUCAAUUUUUGAAUUUAAAUAUGAAAAUCUGUGAUCUAAUUUUUUGUCAGCACUCUUAAAUAAUUGGUUUCCAUGCAUAUUCGCAAAAAUUGGUUCGUUCUAAGAGAAAAAAUAGAAAAGUUGUCAAAACGUUCAAUCUGUGGGAGUGCAGCUUUAAAGCUAUAAAAUAUGUACAUUCAUAUCAGUGUAGCAUUGUUUCUGCAGUGAUAUGGUGCCAUGUCAGGUUCAAUAAACAAUGAAAAUGCAGGGACAAGCUCAGUAGUCAAACAUUCAAAUAUAAGUAAUAGAUAGAUGACAUGAAUUAAAAUCUUAAUGAUUAAGAAUGGGCGGAGUGAGCUUAGUCAUUAAGAUUUUAAUUCAGAUCAUCUAACUGACUUAGAAUACAACCUCAUUGGCUGAUUCAUUGUCAACAGAAAAUCUGAUGCGGGGAUUGUGUAUCGGAUGAGGGGCAGUGGGGGGACCUUUUACACCUGCGAAAGUAGAAAUUGUUAAUGAUUGAGGCUAGUACUUUGUGAUUGCCUAUCUGCAAUAUCAUUGGCUGUAAUUGUUGGUUGUAUUCUAAACCUUGUUAAAUGGCAUAAGGUAGGGUCCCAAUCAUGUAGGAAGUAUUUCUUUCUCUUCUGUUUCAGCAUUGUGUAUAAAUAAUUGUCUUUCAAACUAAUAAAUCAAUGUAUAAAUAUCAUAAGUGCUUUGGAUAUUUAUAUGUUCUAAAUACGCUUUAAAAGAAAGUUGUUUUUAUACCUAGGAAUGUAUUCAAUAAUGCAUCUUAAUUAAGUCAUUUUAUAACUUGAGUCGAUUUCUUAAGAUUUUCAUAGUCAAAUUAAAAAAAUAAGUGUUUUUAACAUUAAAGAAUGCUUUUUUCAAUAAGGUCAAUGAAAAAUGUAUUUUGGAAAUUCUUUAUUUUUUAUUUCAUAUGACUAAAGAGAUACCAAAAUUAGGAAAGAGACUUAAGUUAGAAAAUGACUCUUAAUGAAGUUUUAUGAGUACCGACCCAGGUAUACAAGAUUUAUUUUAUUAUUAAUAUUGCACAAUGUUGCUUAAUAUGUAUUUUUAAGGAUAGUUUUUUGUUUUAUUACUUAUAAAUAAGUUAACACAUUUGCAACAUUGCUAAAAAUACAAAAUAUAUAUCGAAAUUACCCUUGAUAGUGUUUUCGUUAAAUUACUUAUAGGUUGCACAUUGACGAUGUAUAUUAAAGAUGUCAAGGAGGAAUAUUCUGGUAUACAAUAUGUAUUUCAUAACUAAAUUUUGGAUCUGCACACCAUUGCUAAAUAUAACAGAAUAUAUGAUGAAAUUUUUCUGGAUAGUUUGUAUCGUCAAAUUACUUAUAGAUGGCGCAUAUACUGUAUAAAUACAAUGUUGCUUAAUAUAACAGAACAUAUAUCGAAAUUAUUUUGAUAGUGUGUUUUAUUAAAUUAUUUUUAGGUUACACAUUUACCAUGUAUAUUAUUGUAAUGUCAAGGAAGAAUAUUCUGUGAAUUAUUCCUUGUCUUUGGAUUCUUGUACAAAUAACUUCAUUGGUAUCAACCCAACACUUUUGGUUCAAUAGACUGUUUCCUUUUGUCUGUUUGUUAAGCUUGCUUAGAAAAUUAUUAGUAAAUGAAGUCAUUCCUAUUUUUUAUAUAUUAAUUUAAUGCUUUCACAAAUUUAUAAUGUUUCCUUAUCAAUGAUCUGAUAGUACUGUUUAAUGAAAUAUGCUUGAUUAAAUUUGGAAAACCAUG